GAAGCUUCUUCAUCACUAAUACCUGUUACCACCACGAGUGAAGCUAAAAGAAAGCGUGGUCCAACAGAAAUGCAUAAAAUUCAAAAGAAAAAAAAGAAGGGGAAAAAGUUAGUAGUUGAGUUUAGCCCAAAAGGAGAAGCGAUGGGGAAGGUGGGCAAACAAUAUGCAUCAUACACAGGUGUAAUGGCUCGAACCAUAAUCCCCAUACAUUUAAACAAUUGGGCAGCAGUGGAUGACCAUUUGAAGGAGAAAAUCUGGACAGAAAUAACGUCCGUCUUUGAAUUACCACCCGAAAGCAGACAGUCUACUUUGCAAACUGCUUCAACCAAAAGGAGGCAAUUCAUGAGUACAUUAACAAGGGAGUACGUACUUCCACAUAGAAAUGACCCAGAAGCCUUGAAGGAGCCUCCUGAAAUGUAUGACUUCAUUGAAUUAUCAGAUUGGCAAAGUUUUGUAAUCUCUAGAUUGAGUGAAAAUUGGCAGGAAAUCCAUGAACUCCAAAAGGAAAGGCUCCGUAAAUGUAAAUACUAUCAUAGAACUGGCCGUAAAGGAUAUAUUGGAGUGGUAGAAGAAUUAGUAGAUAAGAAGAUAGUGGCAAAGGGUGAGGACGUAGAUUGAGCUCUUUUAUGGAAGGUAGCACGUGAAGAUAAGAACGGGAAGAUUGUUGAUGAGGAGGUAGCUGAAUUGGCUGGAACAAUUGAAAAAUUGUUGAAGGAGAAAGAAGAAGGCCUUAUAACUGUAUCUGGUUAUAAUGAUGUCUUAGCUAUGGCUUUGAGGACCCUUGAACAUGCUGGAAGGGUGAGGGGUGUGGGAGGCUUUGUGAAGCCAAGUGCGUUCUUCAACGUUCCUAGGAAAAAAGAGGGAGUGUGUGUCAAACGGAAUGUUGAAAGAACGAGAUGUUUUGCUGCAAGAGACAAAAAAGAUGAUGGAAGAACAACAAAAAAAGCACGAAGCUCUGCAAGAACUUCUUCAAAAGCAAAUAGAGAUGCUAAAGCUGGCGAUUUCCGGUCAACCCUGUAAUGUACCUACCUCAGCCCAUAUUCCAAAUAUUUCUCCCAUGUCCGAGAAAGCAUCAACAAACAUACCAUCAAAAUUUGUGGAAGUUGCUGCUGGUAAAGAAGUUUGUGAGGAUGGUUGUGAUGAUGUGGUGGAGCAAACUGAAGUUGAG